GUCAUGUCAUCUCCGUUAUGCAUCCUGUCUAAAAAUGACAACCUCUCUGUGUCUUUCUGUGGUUCUGGCUUUCUAGCAACGUACCAGCUCGGUGCUGCGCAGAGUCUUCUGGAUAAUGCGGCCUGGAUCCUGCAAGGAGCUCCAAAAGUCUACGGCGCGUCCGCUGGUUCCCUCGUCGCUGCAGCGGUCGUCUGCGGUGCCAAUCUAGGACGUGUGCGAGACCACCUUUUGGAGUUUGCGCGAUUUACCAAACAACAAACGCUCGGUCUUCUCAGUCCCACGGUGGAUGUUUUUCGGUGGCUGGAGGUCACGCUGCAGCGCUGUCUGCCUGAUAAUGCCCACACUCUGGCCACCGGCCGUCUGCACAUUUCCAUGACUCGCAUCUCUGAUGGAAAAAAUGUCAUCGUGUCAGAAUUUAAUUCCAGUGAAGAGCUUAUAAGAGCACUUUUGUGUAGCUGUUUUGUCCCUGUAUAUAUUGGCGUGAUCCCACCGCAGUAUAAAGGUGAGCACUAUGUGGAUGGAGGUUUUACAAACAUCCAGCCCUUGGAGGAUUCAUCUCCCACCCUCACCAUCUCCCCGUUUGCUGGAAACAUGGACAUCUGUCCGUCUGAUACCUCCAUCAUCCUGUGCGACGCCAUCAUCCAGCAGGUCUGCCUCCAGUGCUCCCUCGCCAACUUCAUCAGGCUGAUAGAUGCCUUGUUUCCUCGAGACUGGAGGAUUUUGAAGAAGGCUUUCUACAGUGGAUACCAAGAUACCGUAUACUUCCUGCAGCAGAACAACGCGCUGCCGCUUCAUCCUCAACGAAGAAAGGAGUCUGACGCGUCUGACGAUUCGCUAAGCUCAGAUCACUGGAUGCUCACACAGACUGAUCGUCCUGAAGAAGAGGAAUCCCAGCAGAAGUGUCCUGAACAACCUGAAGAGAAGACCGUCAAUGGGGUUAACGUUAGUUCAUCCUUGAUUCCGUCCCGUCAACAGCGGACUGUACAUAAAAACUCACCAGUGGCGGUUCAGGAAGUGCUGCUGUAUAAUAUCAUGGGUCAGCUGGAGAUUAUGAGCAAUUCAAACGUCUCUUUACCUCAACGGACGCUCUCAUACCUGCUCCUACUGUUCACACUGCCAAUCUGGAGUGCAACGACCUUAUGGGACAGGUACCAAAAAUGGAUCACUGAUGCUAUGACUGUGGCAUACUGGCUCUGGCAUGGUAUUAAGCUAUUCAUGAUCUUUAUACUCAAAAUUGUACUGUCCUCGAUGAGGAAAGCCUUUGGAGACAUAAUGCUGAGUCUGAUCCGUUUCAUAUCUGCGGAUGUUCACGAUGAGCAGCACAGACGCAAAGACUUGGCUGAGAGACACGUGGCCUCCUCUAAUAUGAACGGACACGUCUCUGCUGUUUUCCCGCCGAGUCCCUCCAUGGCACAGACCCUCCCAAACCUCUAUACUCUCCUGUUUUCGCUAGAGACAGAGAGCAAGUGGAGAAGACGCAAGAUAGAGGUGCAACACACAUUACAGCAACACGUGGCUGAUGUGAAAAGAAAAUAAAAACAUGCAAGCAAUGCAAGACAGGUAAUGUUACUCCUAACAGAGUGAAGUUGAUCUGUGCUGCUACAGAUUAAAAAGCCUUUUAAAGCUAAAUACUAAAUACAUAUACUAACAAAUCGACUAGCACUGGGGCAAUGCUCUAGAUUAUUAGUGAGAUUACUUUUCUCUGUAAAGACCCAAUGAAAUUUAAUGUCUGAUGAGUUCCUAUAUCUUUUUUUUGCUGGUGUACCAACUUGAUCUCAUGCCAAAUCGUACAUAUUUUACGAGGUGGCUAUGAGUAAAUUUGUAGGACUGUCUAAGUUAAUGCAUUAAAUGCAUUUUGCAGAUGAGGUCAAAAGUCUGCACCCCCCUUUCAGAAUCAUUAGAAAUGUUAAUUAUUUUGCCAAAAUAAGAGGGAUCAUACAAAAUGCAUGUUACUCUUUAUUUAGUACUUAUGUUUACAGAUAGUCCACAAGAGAAAAUAAUAGCUGACUUAGCUGAAAUAUGCUGAAAUAAUAGCUGAAAAAUGACCCUGUUCAAAAGUUUACAUACACUUGUACAUGCAACUUACAUGCAACUAUUACAGAAGGUUCAAACGCUCACUGAUGCUCCAGAAGGAAAAACCAUGUAUUACGAGUUGGGGAAUUUGAAGAUCAGGGUAAAUUUAACUUAUUUUGUCCUCUGGGAAACAUGUAUCUUCUGUAGCUUCUGAAGAUCAGCACUAAAUGAGAAAAAAUAUAUGAAAUUUAGGCAAAAUAAGAAAAAUGGACACAUCUCCAUUCUGUUCAAAAGUUUUCACCCCCGACUCUUAAUGCAUAGUUUUUCCUUCAGGAGCAUCAGUGAGUGUUUGAAUCUUCUGUAAUAGUUGCAUAUGAGUCCCUCAGUUGUUCUCAGUGUGAAAAGAUGGAUCUCAAAAUCAUACAGUCACUGUUUAAAAGGGUUCAAAUACACAACAAUGCUGAAAAACCAAAGAAUUUGUGGGACACAAAGGAUUUUCCUGAAAAACAGCGGGCAGUUUAACUGUUCAGGACAAACAUUAAACAUUAUUUUCUGUUGAAUUCUGUAUGUUCAUUCAUUCAAAUUCAUUAUGUAUGUAAAUGUCUUUUAUGUGAAAUAUUUUAUUCAGGUCAAUACUAAAUAAACAA